GUUCGCGCUGCUUCCUUCGCCGCCUCCCCCUUCCCGUCGUCAGUCCGCUUCGGUCGCGGCCUUGGCGUAGCGGCUGGGGAGAAAGCUCGGAGAAGCGAGAGGUAUCCUGCCACUUCUUAAAUUACUAUGAGUCUACUACAUAGUAACACAAGUUUUGAAAUCAAUGAUCAAGAGAGUGACUGCUGUGCAGCCAUGGCCAGUGCUUGCAGUGCUGGGACCAAGGAGGAAAGCUUCACUGCCCCCAUCAGCAAUGGUACUGGUGGGACACUUUCAAACUCUUUCAUGGAGGAAACCCAAGGCUAUGAUGUGGAGUUUGACCCACCACUGGAAAGUAAAUAUGAAUGCCCUAUCUGUUUAAUGGCUCUACGGGAAGCAGUACAGACGCCAUGUGGACAUCGUUUUUGCAAAGCUUGCAUUGUCAAAUCCAUAAGAGAUGCAGGUCAUAAAUGUCCAAUAGACAAUGAAAUCUUACUAGAAAAUCAACUCUUCCCUGAUAACUUUGCAAAACGUGAAAUCCUCUCACUGACAGUGAAAUGUCCCAACAAAGGCUGCAGUCAAAAGAUGGAGCUAAGGCACUUAGAGGAUCAUGAGUUACAUUGUGGAUUCGCAUCAGAAAAAUGUUCUCAAUGUCAAGGGAUUUUCCAGAAGAACCAGUUGCAAGAACAUAUUAAGCUAGAAUGUCCACGGCGGCAAAUUGCUUGUCCAAAUUGUGCCAUGUGUAUGCCUUAUGAAGAAAAAAAGGUUCAUGAUGAAAUAUGCCUUUUGGCAAAUGUCUUCUGUACAUAUUGUAAUACAGCGCUAAUCAGAGAACAGCUGCCUAAUCAUUAUGAUAAUGACUGCCCUAUUGCUCCAGUACCAUGUACUUUUAGUGCAUUUGGAUGUCUCGAAAAGAUGAAGAGAAAUGAUUUGGCGCGCCACAUGCAAGAAUUUACUCAGGUUCAUAUGAGAAUGAUGGCUCAGACUCUUCGGAGCAUCAGUGUUACUACUCCAACUUCCAUGAAUUUUUCUGGAACUUUACCCUUUGACCCAUCACUCUUCUCUCAAGGCAUGCCACCCUCGUGUGAGUGUAGCCCAGAGGUCCAGAACUUCAAGGAGACUAUUCAGCAACUGGAAGGUCGCUUGGUAAGGCAAGAUCACCAAAUUAGAGAACUCAUUGCAAAAAUGGAGACACAACACUCCCAGAUGGGAGAUCUCAAACGCACCAUCCGAACUCUAGAGGAAAAAAUGGCUGACAUUGAAGCCCAACAAUGUAAUGGUAUUUUCCUGUGGAAAAUUGAAAAUUUCAGUGCAUACCUGAAAGCCCAGGAGGAAGAAAGACCCGUUGUGAUCCAUAGUCCAGGUUUCUACACAGGGAAACCAGGAUAUAAACUUUGCUUGCGUCUGCAUAUCCAGUUACCAAGCGCUCAACGUUGUGCUAACUACAUUUCUCUUUUUGUUCAUACCAUGCAAGGGGACUAUGACAGUCAUCUCCCUUGGCCUUUCCAAGGCACCAUACGUCUAUCAAUUUUGGAUCAGUCUGAAGGAUCUCCAAGACACAACCAUGAAGAAGUAAUGGAUACCAAGCCUGAGUUGCUAGCCUUCCAACGUCCUAUGGUCCAUCGCAACCCAAAGGGUUUUGGAUAUGUAACUUUUAUGCAGUUGCAAGCCCUAAAACAAAGAACAUACAUAAAAGAUGAUAUUCUCUUGGUACGCUGUGAAGUUUUAACACGUUUGGACUUAACCAGUCUCCGAAGAGAAGGUUUUCAGCCUCGUAGUACAGAUGGAACAUCAUAGCCUAUUGUCCAGUCUUGAUUGUUAUGUAAUUAUGAAAACCAAGCUUGGUUUUAAUAAAACCAAACUUAUUUUAAACCCUUGAGGGGAGCAGCAAAUGAAGCUCCUGUUUCAAAAAGAAAAAAGUCACAACGUUAACCCGAGGUAGCAAAAUUCUGGUAGUGUCACUUCUUCCUCCUUAGGAAUCAAAAGGCAGCAGUAAUAAAUAAAUACACAUUUUAUGCCUUUUUUUGCUACAUGAAAAAUCUUUCACCUAUAGCAGCUGCUUUUUCUAUCUUUUUAUAUGAAGAAUCUGCAGAACUGUAAAUGAAGGGUGAGAUUCAUAAAAAUCAAGAUCUUGAAGCAGAAGUUAGACUGUCAGUCUGGAAAAAUAGUAUGCUUUUCAGGAAAGGGGAAAUCGUUCUUCUGUCAUAAGACAAAAUAUAUAUCUAGUGUACUCUGUUGUUCCUUUUGGUGAGCUAGAUAACUGACUUAUCAGUAGCUGACGUGCUAAAAAUUGUAAUUAAAACAGAGCCACUUACUGUACAGUCAGGAGUGGGCCAAAUUCUAUUGUUAUUUAUCAUAAGAAGGUUGACAGCUAAAGCUAUAAACGUUGUAUUUGUAUCUCAGAAGUUAUAUUAUGAAAUAUGUCUACAUAAGAGGCAAAUAGAAAGUGGGAUAUCUCAGGGUUCUGUCUUGGGCCCAGAAUUCUUGAACAUUUUUAUAAAUUACUUGGAGAAAAGGAUGGAAGGGAAACUUACCAAAUUUGCAAAUAGCACAAAGCUAUCGGAUGACAUGCUCAAGGUUAGAAAUGUUUCAUUAUGCUUGAACAAUUGGACUUUAUGCAAGUAAAUACUAUUCAGUGGCCAAAAAAAAGUCAGGUUCUGCACCUAGGUGGAAAAAAAUCAGAUGCACAGGUAGAAGAUAGACAGUAACUGGUUCAGCCAUAGUACUUGUGAAAAAGAUCUCCUGAAAAAGAUCUAGUAGACCACAGAUUAAGCAUGAGCCAGGGAAGAAUGCAGAAGAGAACAAUAAAGAUGGUAAAAGUCUUGGAAGGUAAUUCUUAUGAAGAACUCUUUCAAAAACUGGAUUUGUUUAGCCUAAGUAAGAGAAGGGUAAUAGGAGACAUGAUAUCAGUGAUAGCAGUCUUCCAGUGCUUGAAAGGCUGUUGCAGUGAAGAAGGUAUGAAUUUGUUCUGCCUAAUGCCUAAAUGUAGGACAAAAGCAAAUGGUGUAUUUCCCAGAACCAUUGGUACUCCUUGAGUGGAGAUUUUUAAGCUAAAGUUGGACAACCACUUGCCUUGGAUUAUCUGAGGAUUCCUACCCUGGGAGGGAAGACUUGGAUUAUAAAGCCUCCAAGCUACCUUCCAAUGGAUUCCAAAGAAUUCCUAUGAUUUCAUGAAUUGAGUAUAUAAGCUAAUAAAUUAGGUCUAAAUUGUGAGGCAGACAUACACACACACACACAUAGUUUGUGACUUAAGACUCAUCCUCAGGUACCACAGUUGCACCUCUCCUGCAGUCACAUGAUUGCAGUUCAAAUGCUUUGCAUCUGUUUCAUAUUUAGUGUCUUGUGGUUAUGUGUCUGCAAUUUGUGAUCUUCCCAGCUGGCUUCUGACAGGCAAAGUCAAUUGAGAAAGCUGGAUUCAUUUUAAUGACCACAUGAUUCACUUAACAGCAGUAAAAAUGGCGGCAAAAUCUGAUCAUGUGAUAACAACUGUAUCGCUUAGUAUCUGAAGUUCUGGUCCCAGUUGUGGUCGUAAAUCAAGGACUACCUGUAUAAAAUGCAUAAUUGCUCAAUGCUCUACCAUGAAAGCGAGAAAGUCAAUAGUCAUAUCUUGGUAGAUUUGGUAUUAAUUACAACUUCAUUCUUGUUUUUUGCCUUCCCAGAGAAUUUAGCAUUAAUCCAUUCUCAACUACUGUUAACAUAAUGACAAAUUAGAUUUGAUGUAUCUAAAAGCUCACUGCAGAUGUCUUCUGGAGAAGCUUAAUGAGGCAUCAACCUGAUUGCCUCAGGACAUCUUUGCCCUGAUGAAAUCUUGAGAUAUCCUUGAGAUUUCCAUAUUACUAUGUCAUUUGCACUGCUUAAUCCUAUCAUUUGCCCUGUUGCAUUUUUUUUUUUUUUUUUGCAUUUAUGAUGAUAAGUUUUAACUGUGAUUCUGCUACAAAUGUUAGACAUGUUUCAUUUUUACCUGGAAACACUGUUGCAAUCUGUUAGGCUUAAAGGAAAUUCCCCUUCUUUUAAAGGUGAUUUGGGAUAGGCAUAGAUGUUCGCAUUCUGCAGUGUUUUCAGUUUAUUUUGCUGACAUGUUCAGCAUAGGUUUUACAAUUCUCAAGAAUGUUAAGGUUUUUUUUAUCCAGUUUCAGAUUGGCUGAUCUGAGCAAAGCUAUAACAUUUUUGACCACAACAAUCUGUAUAGCAAUGUGAUACUUUGGUGCAUAAACAUGCUAUUAGUGCUACUGUGUUUCCCUGAAAAUAAGACCCUGUCUUACAUUUUUUUUGAACCCUGAAAUAAGCGUUGGCCUUAUUGCCAUGCGCUCAAAAUCCCGAUUGGGCUUAUUAUCAAGGAUGUCUUAUUUUGGGGGAAACAGGGUAAUUGUAAAAGUUAUUACCUUGUGUACAGAAGUCUCUGACUAAAAUUGGUGUUGACAAGAUCAUUUUGGUGGAAGUGCUCUUGAUAAUACCCGUGUGCCAUGAGAGCAAAAAUGUGGAGUCACGCCCAAAAUUAACUAAAGGAUGAAUAUGUGGCUUUGAUGCAUGAAAGAAAAAUAAUCACUUUGAAAAAAAAAAUACUGAUAUAACUAGUACUGGUGGCAACAUAUGACAGUAAACCUGUUGCUCCAUGAGAACAUAAUCUUUCUUUACAAUUUUAUAAGAAUAAUCAGAGUAUGUUCCCUGCCUUCCAAACAAAUAAAAGCUACACAGCAAUGAAGCAAUCACAGAAAAACUCAGAUUUUGAGGGCACCUGUGAGAACCCUGCCUGUGAAAAGGCACAAAUGAGGACAAAGCUUAUUUAAACCAAACAUUUCCCAGCAUUUGGGAGUGAGAUAAAGUAUUACUUGGUGCUGUAAUGUGAGUAAGAGAGUGUUAAGGUUACCUAUUCUGCAUUUUUAUAGAAGAGAAUCUUUCUUGGAAGCAAAAAGUUACAUUACCAUUUCUAAACUCCCACCCCACACAGGCCCUGAAAAUGUGCAUUAUUUCAAAUAAUUGCUUGUCUAUUCAGAAUACAAACUUUUAUAAAUACUGAUUUGUACCGUAUAAUUAUCUAUUCUCAUGCUUUUUUAUGAAAAAGAACAGUAUAGAUUAUUCUUUAUUUAAACUUGAUCUAAUUGUAGGGAUGUCAUUUUUGAUGAUGUAGAAACUCUUAGUGUGAUAUAUUUCAUUUACUUAUCCAAAAGUACAUGUCACUCAUUGGAAUUUAUUUCUAACUAUCUUUUAGUAAGCUAAGAAGAAGAAUGCUGGCAUCUUUAGAUAUUUUUAUAUACAGAAGUAUUAUGUAUUACAAUGUAUCAAUUUACUGCAUAUUUACAAUGCUAUUUUGACAAAAAAUCCCAAUUUUCCAGGGUACAGGUUAUGAAUAGUAAUUUAUUGUAAUAAGCAUUAACCUUUAAGGAAUCAUAUUCCAUUUCGUAAAUAAACUAUUAAGUAGCAUAUCCUGACUUCGUCAGUUGCUCUUUCAAAUUGUCAUAAAUCAAAUCCUUCUCUGAUAAAAUAAAGGUAGCAGCUAAUUAC